GGGGGCACAUUACGAGAACUCCUCUGCGUUUGCACCCAAAGUAACCACUUUGGCACUUUAUGCAAACUUAAUAUAUAAUUAUAUGUCGUAUAACAUCGAGUGGUCUCAAAUUUUAACGUUACAGAAUAACAAACUGCGUCAUUUAUACGAACUCGCACCCCUUUGUAUCCACAACUACAUUUAUCAAUCUGAGGGCCGAAAUCCGCACACAUUCAAUCACUGAUCCAGAUGAGCCAGCUGGCCACGAGCACUACUCGCAAUACGCGAACGGGGCGUUUCAAAGACGUCGAAACAAUGAUAAUAGACUGUUUUGGUUUGAAAUAGCGUUUGGGACUUUGUAGUUAUGGGGUGUCGGCAUCCGCUGGAUGGAUGGGUGGACGCUACGUGGUAGUUUAUGAGUGAUCGGACCGGUGUGCUGAACGGGUUCAGUCCGAUCUCUACAGGUCAGUCUGAAAUGAGAAACAUCACACGUCUGUUUGGGGCGACCCAACCUCAAUGGGUCUCCUGGCUGUGGCUCUUGUUUUCGAUGCUCUUUUGGACCUGUUUAAAAGCACAGCAGUUAAAAAACACUAGAUGGCCGCUGUAUUCCGGCAAGCCUUUGCUUUUGGCCUGGAACGCCCCUACAGAAGACUGUAGACCUCGACAUGACGUCACCUUCCAGUUAGAUCAAUUCCAAAUUGUGGCGUCACCGAACGAGGGCUUCACCAAGCAAAAUCUCACCAUUUUUUAUCAAGACCGUUUAGGUAUGUACCCGUAUUUUGAGUCAGACAGCACUCCAGUCAACGGCGGCCUACCGCAAAUCGCCAGUCUCACACAACACCUAGAACGGAUGCCGGAAGGGCUCAAGAAGUACAUCAAGGACCCGACAGUGAAAGGCCUCGCUGUGAUCGACUGGGAGGAGUGGCGGCCACUCUGGAUACGUAAUUGGGGCCCUAAAGACAUUUACCGUGAUCGUUCGCGACGGUUAGUCGCUGAGAAAAACCCAACUUCGCCUCAAGAUCAGGUGGCCAAAGUGGCCCAGCAAGAGUUUGAGCUUUCUGCAUGUAAGUUCAUGUUGGAGACGCUUCGAUCAGCCAAGAGCUUACGGCCCCAGCAACUUUGGGGUUUCUACCUCUUUCCUGAUUGCUACAAUCACAAUUACCAAAGUAAGAACUACACGGGACGCUGUCCAGAUGUGGAGGUGACCAGGAACGACCAACUAAAGUGGCUGUGGAUGGAGAGUACAGCUCUGUAUCCUUCCAUAUACAUGGCAAAUAUGCUGAAGGACCAACUGGCCGGACGCCAGUUCGUACGGAACCGGGUCAAGGAGGGCAUGAGGUUGGCUUCUGUUGGGAACGGGUCAGCCAGGCCUGUGUUUGUCUACACGCGGCCCACUUACCAAAACAAUCCUCCAGCUUCUAACGGCAACCUUCUUGAACUCCUGCUGCUGACAGAGACGGCUUGUUCUAGUCUUAAUGAAUACCUGCGAGGGCCGUUGGGUCGUUACCUGCUCAACGUGACGUCGGCCGCCGAGCAGUGCAGCCGAAACCUCUGCGGAUUUCGGGGCCGCUGCCUUCGCAAACGUCCCGACACGGACACGUACCUGCAUCUCAGCCCGAACACCCACAGCAUAGAGCGGCAGGGAAACACGCUGAAGGUCUCGGGCCAGAUGGGAGAAGAAGAGCUGAGCCGCGUACGGGACGAGUUCCAGUGUCAGUGCUAUAACGGGUACGUCGGCGACAACUGCAGCCAGAGGGAUGCUGGGAAUAGAGCUGCGCUCGUCUGGACCACGUUUCUGCAAGUUCUGCUGUUGCCGCUGCUCUUGAUGGGGUUCCUGCACUGAAGAGUUCAGUAGAAGUAAUUUGAGGACAAUACGCCGGACCUUCUCGUCAAGAAAUGCGUGACGUCAGCAGGAGGAAGGCCUUUUAUUCGAUAGAAUUUGAACAGAAAUGGAGAAUUUGAAUGCGCACGCUAACUCUGUGGAGUUAGAGCACAGUGGUUUUUUUGUUCGAGUGCAUCGCCCCCUGCUGCAUGGGAGGCUGAACUGCGACAGGCGGAAUUGUGAUUUUCGGCUAGGUUUGAUGUUUGUGUAUGCGUGAAAGAAAUGUGAUCUUGUCUGUGUGCAUUUUUUAUAAAAAAAAGACAAAUUUAUGUGGUUGUGUUUCUUUGCCUUCAUACCUGCGUAAAACCAGUUGUGACCUUAUUUCUGCUGUGUGUCACAGGACCAGCUCCUUAAGAGACAUGUUUUGUUACUUCCAACGCUGCUGCCUCAUUAAAACCUCACUUAGAUUGAAA